AUGGCGGCCCCUCCAGUACACGCUGAGCCUCCACCUGAGGUUGUAUACGAUCCAGAAGGACUCCAAUAUGAAACAGGACCGCAACUGGGAAAGGGUGGCUUUGCUAUCUGCCAUCGCGCAAAGUUGAUGGGCCAUGAACAUCUUAGCAACAACAUAGUGGCCCUGAAAAUUGUUAGGUCGAAGAUGGAGCCACCAAAGUUAGCACAGAAGUUUGUGACCGAGCUUCAAAUCCAUUCUAAAUUGGCGCAUCCAAAUGUAGUCGAAUUUUAUCGCGCAUUCUCCUUCCAAUCGAGCACAUACGUCGUCCUAGAGCUCUGCGAAAAUGGAUCUCUAGCCGACGCGAUUAAGAAACGAAAGUACUUCACGAUGCCCGAGAUCCGUCGAUUUAUGAUCCAAACUUGUGGUGCCAUCAAAUACUUGCACCAACGCAACAUCGUUCACCGCGAUCUCAAGACGGGAAAUCUGUUUUUGGAUAAAGAUAUGAAUGUCAAGGUUGGAGACUUUGGACUCGCGGCGUUGCUCGUUUCGCAGAGUGAUUUUGGUGCAAUCCGAAGAACGACUAUGUGUGGUACUCCCAAUUACCUUGCACCCGAGGUCCUUGAAAAGACUGGAAAGGGUCAUGAUGAGAAGGUUGAUUUAUGGGCCAUUGGUAUCAUGAUGUACACCCUUGCUGUUGGCAGAGCACCUUUCCACGCGGCAAAGCGUGAAGACAUAUACCGCAAACUCAAAGCACGAGAAUAUACCUGGCCUGACAUUUCGAAAUUUCCCAACGAGAUCACCGAUGACCUGCGCGAUGUCGUCUCCUCCUUGCUCGUUCACGAAGAUGAACGUCCCACCCCAGACCAGAUUGUUAGCCAUCCGUUUUUUAAGCUCGGUCAUGUUCCUCUCAAGCUAGACACUUCUUGCACUUCACGUGUUCCAAAGUGGCCCAAGAUUCGACCACCAACCGCUUCCACGAUCAAACGAGGCUAUACCGACGAAUGGUUCAUCCUGUGCAAAUCUUCCGCAGUUGGGGAGUACGAAUCCGGGAAAUCAUUUGGGGCAUACGGUAGCAGAAGGAACAAGACCGUAGCGAGGGACUGCCAGAAGGAGAUCGAAUCCGGCAAGCAGCCCAACAUACCAUUCGCGAAAGACACGGUCUAUUUACCAUUCCCGGAGCGCACACACUGGCCAUUCCAAGCUGCUGGAGGGUUGAGUGAGAUUCCGGAAGAAAAGGAAUCAUCUUCGGAAGGCCAGGCUCUUCUCGAUACGUCUGGCAACGACAGGACCAAAGGCCGGCUACCACGGGUGACAAGAAGGGAGGCAGCAAUGCCUACACUGAGGGAGAAUCAAGAACCUGCGCAGGAACCAGAGCCGGCCAGGAGAGUGGUGGACAAGCAGCCGACUCGCAUGCGCGCCGUUCGCAAGAUCUCCAAUCCAGGCCGUGUGACCGCAGCUACGGCUGCACCAGCUCCAUUGCGUGUGCCGAAAGAGACGCGACCAGCUGUGACCCGAUCGAAAUCGACAACGGAUGCAGUGAAGCAAGCACUACCGGAACUGGAGCCACUGCGAGUUACCAAAACAAUGUCGCGAUCCGUAGCGCGACCGGAGAGUGCACCAGCGGAUCCUUCAGCAACUACUAGAACUGCCCGUCCUUACAGAAUCAUGAGUACAACUGAGGUGCCUCUGACUGAUCCUGGGACCGUUCUAGCACGCCUUCAUUCCUUCAGGGACAAUGUAGCUCGCGCACUCCAGAAGAAGAAGUCAAUGUCCAGGCGGGAAGAUGCACCACAGUUGCCAUAUGUUUCGAAGUGGGUGGAUUACUCGAGGAAACAUGGUGUUGGAUAUGUUCUCGAAGAUGGAAGUGUCGGCUGCAUCUCAAUCGCUUCAAAGCAUCACCCAACAACGGUGGCUUUCACACAUCAGGGGUAUUCACAUCUGUCCAAACUCAACAAGGAUCCCGAAUAUCUCAGUCAGGUACCUCUCGAAUUCUACGCAUCUCCUUCUGACACAAAGGGGUUGGUUCGCAUCGACGUAACCGACAAGCAGAGGAGGGAGGGUAUCCUCUCCAUUUGGCAAAAGUUUGGCAAGUACAUGUGCGCUCAAUUGGGUGUUGAUGUCGACGAGCGACCUCGAAGAAGCAACUCGGCAUCUCCCAAUUUCGUCAAGUUCUAUCAGCGUCUCGGAAGUGUUGGUAUCUGGGGAUUUGAUGAUGGCUCGUUCCAGGCCAACUUCCCUGACCACACCAAGCUUGUUUUGUCCCCAGAUGCUGGGUACUGCAACUUCAUUUGCCUUUCCCUUGAUGCAUUAGACUGGCUGAAUGACAACGAGAAGCGUCAAAUUCCAUGGAAGUAUAUCAAAGAUCGCGAAGUUCUUCAUGGCUCUUUGCAACAACUUCUAUAUGGUUCGGCCGACAAGGCAGACGCCUAUAAAGAGAUCACGGAAGCAAACAAUCUCCGAAUGAAAUUGGAGUUCAUUCAAUCCAUCGUCGACGGCUGGGUGGAAGGUGGAGGAAUUGGAUGUCUUCUUGAACCCAGAAAUUACAUUUGGCAAGGAAAUCAACUUGAAGGAAACAAAAAGCAAGACUGGGCGGUUUCAAAGCGUGCGGGGCGCAAAAAGGACGCCGGUGGUAAAUCAGGCGCCAGUGGGGGACAGAAGUCACAAUUCUCGAAGAAGGCAGUCUUCGAGACGACCAAGAAGAAGGAGGUCGGAGUGUCAGAUCUCACACUUAUCAGCAAGAUCUCAAACGAAGCGAUCAACGAAAAUUUAAAGAAGCGCUUUGAAAAUGCGGAAAUCUACACAUACAUUGGACAUGUGCUUGUAUCCGUCAAUCCUUUUCGGGACUUGGGAAUCUACACAGACCAGGUCCUCGAUAGCUACAAGGGCAAGAACAGAUUAGAGGUUCCUCCUCAUGUUUUUGCCAUUGCCGAGUCAUCCUACUAUAACAUGAAUGCAUAUAAGGAGAACCAGUGCGUGAUCAUUUCAGGCGAGUCGGGUGCAGGGAAAACAGAAGCUGCGAAGCGGAUCAUGCAAUACAUUGCGAAUGUUUCCGGAGGAGCCAAUUCGUCCAUUCAGGAAACCAAGGACAUGGUGCUGGCCACGAAUCCUUUGCUCGAGUCGUUCGGAAACGCAAAGACGCUACGGAAUAACAACUCUUCCCGAUUCGGAAAGUAUCUCGAGAUCCAAUUCAAUGCGCAAGGAGAACCUGUGGGUGCGAACAUCAACAACUAUCUGCUGGAGAAGUCAAGAGUGGUUGGCCAAAUUACCAAUGAACGUAACUUCCACAUCUUCUACCAAUUCGCGAAGGCGGCAUCUUCGACCUACAGAGAACAAUUUGGCAUACAACAGCCACAGGCUUAUGUCUACACGAGCCGAUCUAAAUGCUACGACGUCGACGGUAUUGAUGACCACGCCGAGUUUAACGACACAUUGAAUGCAAUGAAGGUGAUCGGUUUGAACCAAGGCGAACAGGAUAAUAUCUUCCGGAUGCUGUCUGCUAUUCUUUGGCUCGGAAACGUUUCAUUUCAGGAAGAUGACUCGGGAAAUACGGUCAUCGCUGAUCAAUCAGUCGUUGAUUUCGUUGCUUACCUCCUGGAAGUGCAAUCGGCACACGUCAACAAAGCCCUUACGCAACGUGUUAUGGAAACAAGCCGCGGUGGCCGAAGAGGUUCCGUCUAUGACGUGCCUUUGAACAUCGCUCAAGCGACUUCCGUGCGCGAUGCGCUUGCAAAGGCCAUUUACUUCAAUCUGUUCGACUGGAUUGUGCAAAGAGUGAAUGUUUCCCUUAAAGCGCGUGGUACCGUAACUCAAUCGAUCGGUAUUCUGGAUAUCUACGGAUUCGAAAUUUUCGAACGAAACAGCUUCGAGCAAUUGUGCAUCAAUUACGUCAAUGAGAAGCUCCAACAAAUCUUCAUUCAGUUGACGCUCAAGACAGAGCAGGAGGAGUAUGCCAGGGAGCAGAUCAAAUGGACGCCGAUCAAAUAUUUCGACAACAAGGUGGUGUGCGAGCUCAUUGAAGAGAAGCGACCACCGGGUGUGUUCGCUGCGUUGAACGACGCUUGCGCGACAGCCCAUGCGGACCCAACUGCCGCCGACUCAACCUUUGUUCAGAGACUUAAUGCGCUAUCAUCAAAUCCCAACUUCCAACCACGCCAAGGCCAGUUUGUCAUCAAGCAUUACGCUGGUGAUGUGUCGUAUGCUGUUGAGGGCAUGACUGACAAGAACAAGGACCAGCUCCUGAAGGAUCUGUUGAACCUGCUCGGUCAGAGCUCGAACACCUUCGUGCACACGCUCUUCCCUGAACAAGUGGAUCAGGACAACAGGAGACGCCCUCCAACGGCUGGUGACAAGAUCAAAGCAUCUGCCAAUGACCUUGUUGCUACGCUCAUGAAGGCACAGCCAUCGUACAUUCGAACGAUUAAACCGAACGAGAACAAGUCACCGACAGAAUACAACGAGCCUAAUGUACUCCAUCAAAUCAAGUACCUUGGUCUCCAGGAGAACGUCCGCAUUAGACGUGCAGGCUUUGCGUCCCGUCAGACCUUUGAGAAGUUCGUGGAACGCUUCUUUUUGCUCUCUUCGAAGACCUCAUAUGCCGGAGAGUACACAUGGUCAGGAGAUUAUCAAUCUGGUGCUAAGCAGAUCCUCAAGGACACCAACAUCCCCACAGAAGAAUGGCAAAUGGGCACGACCAAGGUUUUCAUCAAGACACCAGAGACUCUCUUCGCCCUCGAAACGAUGCGAGAUAGAUACUGGCACAAUAUGGCAAUUCGAAUCCAACGCGCAUGGAGAAACUACCUACGAUACAGGACCGAAUGUGCUAUUAGGAUACAGCGAUUCUGGCGACGUGUCAAUGGCGGCUUGGAAUUCAUCCAGGUCCGCGACCAAGGUCACAAGCUACUCCAGGGACGUAAGGAGAGAAGGAGGUUCAGUUUGGUGGGAUCGCGCCGAUUCAUGGGCGACUAUCUCGGCAUUGGCAACCGUGGCGGUCCCGGUGAAGUGAUUGCCAAUGCGAUAGGAAUCUCUGGCAGCGAAGAGGUUCCGUUCUCAUGCAGGGCUGAGGUGCUGGUUUCCAAGCUCGGCCGAUCAAGCAAGCCUGAGCCUCGCACAUUGGUUUUGACAAAGAAGAACAUCUAUCUAGUCAAGCAGGUUAUGGUCAAUCGGCAAAUCCAGAUCCAAGCUGAGCGAACAGUGCCAGUGGGAUCUCUGAAAUUCGUUGGCACCUCGACGCUCAAGGACGACUGGUUCUCCCUUGGAAUCGGAUCGCCGCAAGAGCCCGACCCCUUGGUCAACUGUGUUUUCAAGACUGAGUUCUUUACGCACUUGAACACCGUUCUGCGAGGAUCACUGAACCUGAAGAUCGGCGAAACGAUCGAAUUUAACAAGAAACCUGGCAAGCUUGCACAGGUCAAGGUGGUGAAGGAUCCCGCCGUUCCAAGAGAUGAUAUGUACAAGAGUGGUACUAUCCAUACAGGCCCUGGAGAGUCGCCUAAUUCCGUGUCGAAGCCAACGCCCAAAGGCAAACAAGUGGCAGCCAAACCUAUCACCAAAGGCAAGCUUCUGCGUCCUGGAGGCCCGGGUGGGGGUCCAUCAAAGCUUGCCAGUCGGCCGAAGCCCGUGCCUGCAGCCUCAUCAAUGACCUCUACACCAGCUGCCGCAUCCCAAUCAAGGCCAGUGCCGCAACCCGUUGCGUCUUUAUCGAACGGCGUAGGCCACGCACGCAAUCAGUCAUCGUCAUCUGUGCGAGCGCCGCCUCCACCGCCGCCUGCACCUCCUGCAGCACCCCCCGCUCCGAGAGAACCGACGUUUCGUGCGCUAUACGACUUUGCUGGUCAAUCAGCAGGCGAGCUGAGUAUCACGAAGGGCGAGGAGGUACUGGUGACACAGAAAGAGGGUAACGGAUGGUGGCUCGCAAGCCGAUUAGACAAAUCAGCGUCUGGGUGGGCACCGUCCGCUUACUUGGAAGAGGUAGUCAGUAAGCCUGCACCUCCCCCAGCACCCCCAGCACCCCCAGCACGCCCCGCUUCCAACGGCGGUGGAAUUCGCGCCAAGCCGACACCCCCUGCUCCGCCUGCGAAGCGCCCAUCCGCAAAGAAACCCGCCCCAGCCCCGGUCUCCAGGGACAGUGGCUAUUCAGGAAGCGGAGCUAGCAACAUCGACUCUGGAGCAAGAGACAGCAGCGGAAGCAUCGCGGGAGGUCUGGCAGAGGCUCUGAGGCAGCGUCAAGCUGCAAUGCAUGGCCGCAAGCCGGAGGAGGAUGAUUGGUGA